UAGAAAGUUCCAGAACUGGGCGUAGCAGGAAUCUGUGUCGACGUUCAUCCCCGGGAACAAAACAACCGCCGACAAGACUACCGUUUUGAUUCCUUCCAUCUCUUCAUUGAAUUGACCGCACAUGAUCCAUUGAUUUUCAUUAGUCUCUAAACCAAAGUAAAAAAUGGACUGUGGAGUGACAGUAGUCACCAAUCCUACGGUGGCGGUGAGGCUGACCAGCACCCUGAGCUCGUUUGAGUCGAAUCGUAGAUUCAACAGGGGAAUCACCAUUGCAGAGUUCAAGAGUAAGUUAGAGAUGGUGGUGGGGACUCCUGCAGCUGGUAUGGAACUCCAGCUCUUCAGCACCUCAGACAAGUUCCUGCAGAAGCUGGACAACAACGAGGCUCUGCUUGGCUCUUAUGCUGUGGACGAUGACUGCAGAAUACAUGUGAUUGACCGGAGUGGAGCUCAGAUUGGAGAGUACAGUGACCUGUCCAAGGUGGAGAAGUUUGAGAUCACAGAUGACGCGUACGAGAAGAGAACAGAUUCUGUGAGGUCGUUCAUGAAGAAGCAGAGAGUCGGACGUUUCAACGAGGAAGAGACUGCGAAGAAGGAGGCCGAGCUUGCCGCCCUCGAGGAGGAGGAGAAGGCUGCCGCUGCUGCCAUCACCGUCGGAAACCGCUGUCAAGUGAAGGUUGUUGGGCAACCCACUAAGAUUGGCACAGUUAUGUAUGUUGGUACGGCAGACUUCAAGCCAGGCCAUUGGGUUGGAGUGAAGUACGACGAGCCACUGGGGAAACACGACGGAUGUGUGAACGGCAAACGCUACUUUGAGUGCGAGAACAAGUAUGGCGCCUUUGUCAAACCCCUGACGGUUACCACGGGAGACUUCCCAGAGGAGGACUAUGGACUGGAUGAGAUGUAGAACUGUGAUGAUGAUGUCAUCAUUUCAAGGGGCCCAUCUGAAAGGUUCCACUUAUGCCUCUGUCCAGCCACUAACCAGAAGCGAGGGUUUAUAUUUGUUUGGUUUUGCACUGGUUCUGAUUGGAAAAGGUUAGGGGAUUAAGGCAGCGCUGUGUUUUGCGUCAUCUGUAAAGCAUCACUUGGACUAAACAGGAAACAGUCCAGCACACAUCUCUUUCAUUGUUUUGUUAAAAAAAAAUGAUAGAGGAAGCAAAACAUGGGGAGUCUUGACUGAGUGUAGCAAAGUCCUGGUAGCAUCUAUCAACAGCGUUAAUGAUAUAAUCUAUUCAAUGUUGCAUGUGACCUCGUCACCAGGAAGUGUGAAGACAUUCUUCACACUUCCACUGCACCAUGCACCCAUCUUCUCCACUCAGUAACGUUUGUCUGUAAUUGGAGCAGGUAUCUCCCAAGAUGGCCGCAAAACACUAACUCUGUACCACAUCUGUUCUGAUAUUUGAGACUCAAACUUGUGAUCAUUUCUAUAUAUUUUUGGUGUACAAACAUGAUUGUAUAUAACAGUUUCAUAGGUCCUACUCAUAAGUUACAUGCAUUAUUUAUUUAUUUUUACAAAUAUAAAGAACUGUAUGUUGCUAAGGGUAGUUCUAAUGGGAGAUGUUUAAUAUUGAUCCAUGUCAAACAGGUACAUGCAUCCAAUAUGCCUUGUUAUAACAUUGUCUUUAACUUUUAUUUAAAGAAUUACUUGUGUUUUGAGUGAAUAACUCUGUGGUUCCUCUUGUUCUUGUGAAGGAGAGGAUGAAGAAAGACAUUCUCAAUUAGUUUGCACUAACUUAGUGUUUUGUUUCGGUUCUUGACCUCUGGUUUUGUGCAUUUUGUCCCGAUUCUUACUACAAUUAGUUUAUUUUAUUGUAAAUAUAGAGGGAACUCCCUCCAGUUUGAGAAUUCUCUCUGCCCUAGCAAUGUGGUAUGAGGGUAAAAAUGCUGACUGAAUUGGUGCUGAGAAGGUAAAAGUGUGUUAAGACAACAUCUGUCUUCUGUGUCUGAGGGUAAUAGGAAACUUUUGUUACCUCAAUAUUUGCUCGUCCCAAUUUUCCAGCAUACAUCAACUUUUUCACACUGGCUUUGUGGACUGUGUAUCCUUCUAAUCUCCCCUACUUUUUGUAAUCACAGAUCUGACAUGUGUCAAAGCUAGUAUUUGCUUCUUUUUAUCAAACAAAGUCAUGUCAACUCAGUGAUUUCUUUGUGGAAGGAUGGAAGUAAUGAAGGUUGCAUGUAUGAGUAAUUCAAACACGUCUGUUUCCAUAUCGACAGCAUCCCUUUCAUAGACAGUUCAUUUUUGCUGGCAACAAUGCACUCAUCCAACACGAUGACAUGCCCUUUAUCCUCCACCCAGGCUUCUCUAAUAGGCUCUGUUGUUGCAGGACUCGUGGCUGCUUCAGAAGGACUGGCAGAUGACAGCAUGUGAUCCGUCAUGUGUAGUCACCCACAUGAGGGUGUAAUGCUUGGAAGAGAAAUGUGAAAUUCUUAAGCAAAUUAUUCAAGGUUUUCUCUUUUGUCUGUCUGAUCAGUACUGACAGGCUAUUGUGAUUUAUUUUUUAUGUGCCAUAAUGUGUAAUGAUAUCUUGUGCAUAAUAAAACGCAUUUUGCCAGUA